GCUACUCAAUGCCCAUCUAUAAUACUCCCAAGUGGAAGAGUCAGCUACAGCAUCAACGGCACAGAUGAGUGGCACAAACCUGAAGGCUCAACUCUCUCCAUCGCAUGUGAGCGAGGAUUCGAACUUGAAGGAAGCCCUAACGCUACGUGCGUGAAAGGCGUAUGGACUCCGACUCUAGGAGUUUGCAAGCUGAAAAUCUGCACUAAAACAACACCAACACUUGGAACAUGCACUGCUGCAGCGGUCCCAAAUGGUGCCUCAGUCAAGUAUUUGAACACGAACAGCACAGAUGCAUUUCCAUCAGGGACUCUGGCAGUAAUGAACUGUUCCUCUGGUUAUCCUGUAGGACCAGUAGCUGCCUCAUGCGUGAAUGGAACAUGGGUUCCGGCAACUUUUGGAACGUGUUUGACAACGGCGAUCUCUUCCGCUGGAAAAUGCUCAGGAAUAGUAGCUUUCAAUGGACAAGUUGCUUACAGUGAUCCUGACAUAUUGAAAAUUGAAAAAGACACUGGAACGGUGGCUACGCUCACAUGUUUUCCAAACAUGAUCGCCGAAGGUCCCACAGCGUCGUACUGUCAAAAUGGGACCUGGACACCGGAACUGGGCGCCUGCUUCGCACGCUGUGCAUGA